GAUGAUAGACGACCCCGUCCACGUGAUGAGACGCGUCGUGAACAACCAAAAAGAAAUGACGAACGCAAAGCUCCUGUCAAAUCAAGUGCCGAAAUUUGGGACAGUGAAAUAAACUCUAGAGCAGAAAAACGAAAGGGUGUGCAAAGAGAAAAUCGUGAUGCGACCCGGCAAUCUGAUAGGACACAGGAUCAUACUGAUCGGCGUAAUAAUUCAUAUUCCCGCGAUCGGAAAGACCAGCGCGACCAACGAGACCAAGACAAGCCCGACCAACGUAAUAGAAAUGAACGUAAUCGUACGGAUCAACGUGAGCGUAUGGAUCGUCGAGAUUGCACGGAGCCACGCGAGGGCAAUGAUCGUCGUGACAGAUUUACUGUAGGUACAUUAAGCCUUGGAGUAGAUCGCCGACGGUACAACGACACUCGUCGCGGUGAUGCGUCUUCAAGACGUUGUAGCCAUGGUGGAACACGCGGGAUGCGUGGUCGUGGUCGUGGACGUGUGAUAAAUAGUGGAAAACCCGUAGGAAAAGCUGGUGCAGCAUCAAAGAUUGAUGAUGAAAAUGAUUCCGAAGAUUACCACAGUGCUCUUUCGUCAGUUGAUUUUGACGAGUCGGAUUCCGAAGAAGUGUUUGAUAAGCAAGAUGACGGACGAAGAGAUGACAAGAGGCCAACUCGAUCGUAUUACUAUCACUAUUAUUUGAGUAGUUGA